AUGAGUGAUUUUAAUAUUCUCAUAGAUUGGAUGAAUCAGAUUGGCCAAGGUAGCUUGGAAGAUGAAGUUGAGUAUAUUCGGGACAAUUUCUUAGAACAGGAUGUGCUAACCAGGGAGCAGGUUAUUUUAGAUCUGGUAAUAUGUCAUCACAUUGAGCAGCUUCAGGCAGCCAAUUUUCACCAGCAGCUUAAAUGGAUCAACUCUGGUUACAUGGUUGGUUGUCUUAGUGAAAUCGAUGAUGACAAUAAAGAGUGGUCUUCUUUGGGUUUGGCAUUUCUCUUGCAGCUGCUGGACCUAGAAGACCAUGUCAACUGCAGAUCAUCCAGUCCUGAAACCACAUUGGGAUUCAAGGCAGAUGCAUUCAGCCCGUUUCUGCAGAUCCUUGUUUCUGAUCUUCAGGAACUAAUUGAAAUGCAAAGUGUCUCCAGACCUCGCUUGCGCCGAUCAAUUCCUCUCUACAGCUAUGAAGUCUAUCAUUCUUUAGAAGAGAUUCAAAGCUGGAUGCAUCAGAUGAAUCAAUCACAUUCUCAUCUCCUUCAUCUUUUCUCCAUUGGAAAAUCCUAUGAAGGACGACCUCUCUUUGUUCUUCAGCUUGGCAAGAGAUCACAUUCUUUUAAGAAAGCAGUAUGGAUAGAUUGUGGCAUUCAUGCUAGAGAAUGGAUUGGUCCAGCUUUUUGUCAAUGGUUUGUCAAAGAAGCUGUGCAAACAUACCGUAAUGACCCUGCAAUGCGACGACUUUUAAAACAACUGUAUUUCUACAUCAUGCCUGUUUUUAAUGUAGAUGGAUACCAUUAUAGCUGGACAACCGAUCGUUUCUGGAGAAAGACACGUUCUAAUAAUACGAAUUUCAAUUGUCAUGGAGUUGAUGCCAACCGUAAUUGGAAGGUCAAGUGGUGUGGCGAAGGUGCUUCCUUGCAUCCUUGUUCUGAUACAUACUGUGGACCCAUGCCAGAAUCUGAGCCAGAAGUAAAGGCUGUUGCAACUUUCCUACGUAAACACAAGAAACAAAUUAAAGCAUACAUUUCAUUCCAUGCAUAUUCACAAAUGCUACUGUAUCCGUACGCCUACAAGGAUGCAUUCAUUCCCAAUUUCAGAUGUGUGGAAUCUGUAGCAUUUAGUGCUGUCAAUGCUCUUUACUCAGCGUAUGGUAUCAAAUACAAAUAUGGGCCGGCUUCUAGCACUUUGUAUGUCACUUCUGGUAGUUCUAUGGAUUGGGCCUAUAAACAUGGCAUUCCCUAUGCAUUUGCAUUUGAACUGCGAGAUACUGGAUAUUAUGGGUUUUUGCUGCCAGAAUCUCUAAUUAAACCCACAUGUACAGAAACAACAUUAGCUGUAAAAAAUAUUACAAACCAUAUUCUUAAGAAAUGCCCAUUGAGAUGA